CGAUGCCUGUCAAGCACCAGCUGACGAGCUCUGGCUCCCAGACGCCCACUGGGCAGCGAUGGACGCUGCGUGUGUCCCAGGCAGGUGCUGGCUCAGAAACGCCACUUACCAGCUGUCACUGCCAUUAAUGGGAGCCUGCACCCUCGCGUUAGAGGCUCAGGCCUCUGGUCUCCCCAACUGCUGGAGUAAGAGAGGGGCCGGGCCCCAUUCUGCCCACACCUGCAUCCCGACGCCUUCGCCCUUUCCCUGCUUGUGUGCCCGACUGCCCGGUUCAAACCCUCGCCCCAGCACUCCAGCUGUGGGAAUGCAGGUCAGUGAUGCGACCUUCCGGAGCCGCGCUUUCUCCCUGGGAAAUGGGCUAGUCCUGGUCCCUGCCUCCCGGGGUGCGCUCGUGGGGUGACCUAAGAUGACCUGUCGGGCACUUGUCACGGCGCGGGGCACAUGCUAAUAGCUCCGCAGAUGUCCUGCCUCCACUUCAGUCCGGCCUCUCUUCCAGAGAACAUGGCACGUGGGUGCAAACCCAGGAUGACGGCAGGGGAGGCAGCGGCUCCCAGGGCACCUCCCCUCCGUCCCCCCUGGUCCCAGGGCCAUAAAGAGGUCCGCACUUUGCACAUGCCUGUCAUCGUGGGCAGCCCAUGCUCUGGCCGCCUGAGAGCAGAAGCCCAUGGCCGGAAAACAGGGGGUGGGGAGGGGAUGCCAACCCUGCCACCACCACCCCCUCCAGCUGGCAGGCGGGCGGGGAAGCUAAGCUCUCUGGCUAGUUCCACUUCCUGGUGUCCAGGGACUUGUGGGUUUGGUUUCGAUGGAAGAUUCAGAGAGGAAGUGCUUCUGUACAAAAUAAAAGAAGUCCAAAAAUCUGCCUGUAUCCUCAACCCUGCCCCCCCGAAGAAUGGGAUUCAGAAUGAUGACAACAAUGAUGAUGGCGUGGCUAUAAAGGCAACAAAAACCCACUGAGGGCUCACACUGCACACGCUCAGGCACUGUCUUCAGAGUUUGGCUGCAGCAAGGAUGUCCCUUCCCGUGCUCGCUUUGGCUGCACAUACGCUGAAAGUGGAACAACACGGACAAGAUUAGCAUGGCCCCUGCGCAAGGAUGACAUGCAAAUUCGUAAAACGUUCCACAUUAAAAAAAAAAUAAUGGUGUCCCUUCCUGAGGGUGGCCGGGCCUGAACCUCUUCGUUAGAAAAGAUUCUAGCUUCCUGGUCCAGCUGCCAAGAGGUGGAGGCCAAAGGGCUGGCUGGCUGGCUGGUUUAUUUGCAUUUUUCUCCUCCAGGCCAGACAGUACCUAACUGCUGUGUCCAAACAAGACACUGUCCCUGUCCUCAGGGGGCUGGCUCCUCCCCAUUCCUUGGCAAAGGGGCGCACCCUGAGCCCUUCCCACCCCACCCCACCAAUCGGGCCAAGCCCCAGGCUGGCUUCAAUCCCACCCAGAGCUGUGCCAGCGACAGCAGCCUGCACGCUCCUGGUGGGCAGCUCCCAGCCUGGGUCUCUCUGGGCAGGCGGGAUGGAGAGGCGGCAGCAAUACCCCCAUCGGGGGACAACCUGAAGGCCGCCCCUUCCAGGGCGCAGCCAGACCCAACACUCCAUUCCCCUCGGGACCGCGGCCCCCUGGACCGAGCCACCGCCGACGCCUGCCUGCGGUCACUGCGGCCGUGUCGGAGGCGGCUCCGCAUCGCCCGUCAGGCUUCGUGCCUCCCUCUGUGGCCUCUGUGCUCUCGGUUCCUCAAAAGGGCCUCAGUCUGCACGUAAGGCCCAUGCGUUUCACUGUCUGUACAACGUGCCUUUUCAGACGCCACCGUGCAGCCACCCGUGCAGGAGUCUCAUUCGCAAACGGUGGCGGAGGGCCUGCAAACCGGUUUGGUCCUGCAACUUGCCUCUCAAACAUUAACUACUGAAAGCAAUCUACAACCAAAUGUUCCCGGCGACGAACCUAUUUGCUUGUGGGUGAUACCAGUUCCAGACCAUAAAACGCUGAGGCAAAUUAAUUUGUCCUUGAAAACAGUUCCCUCCCUGUCCUUGGGGCCUGGCGCCUGCCACAGAACCCCGGCUCCCAAUUCUAAUUCUGCCACCGUCUCCAUGUCUCCACGAAAACCUCUCUCCUCCAGGGGCGGCCCCUCAGGCCCAGGCCAGGCGCUGCCACCGGCACCAACAGCACCCUCCCUGUCUCCCCCUCCCAGCCCACUUCUCUGCAUGGUGGUCCCUUCAGCAGAAUGUUCUGAUCUGCCAGCAACUGACUAAAAGAGGUGGUGAAAGCGAUGGUCUUCCCGCCUCAGGGAGGGCCAGGUCUCCUGGUCAGUGUGGCCAGAGCUCCGGGAUUGUCUCGUUUGGUUUCGUGGAAGCAGAACAAGAAUUUAAAAGACACCAGUGUGAGCUCCUCCUGCAUUUUUACAAAACGCUUCCAGUCGUCCACACCAAGUGACACAUGGCAGGAACACUGGGUCCACAUGGAUCCACUGCUAACAGACCAGAGGCGCCUCUGGAAGGAAGAGUUCUGGCAGAACCCCUGGGACCAGGGGGGCCUGGCCGUCAUCAGCAUAUUCAUCAUCACCGUCCUGCUUCUCAUGCUGUUCGCCAUUGUGUUUGGGGCACUCCCUCCGUCUGAGAAGGUCGACCAGUCUGAAGAGUCAUGACCUGACUUUCGGGGGGCCACGGGGGGUCCACCUGUUCUACACUCUCCAAACACUGUGGGCCUUUCCCUCGAAGCCCCUUUAACAGUCUGGAUUAUACAUUUUAUGUGAUUCUCGGA